GAACUUUAAUCAUUUUAUUUAUAAAGUUCGAGUACAGAUACUAGUUAUACACGUGUUAAGCUUAUUUAUUGAAAUUCUGAAGCACCAUGGCAUCUGUUACAGCGUUCGGAAUCGAUCAUAGAUAUAUAGUCAUACCUGCAAUGGCACUGUCAGUGGGCGUGGCGUGCUAUUCAAGUUAUAAACUGUAUUCCGAGAGAAAUGACAGACGACACCAAAAUGUCUAUGAAACGAAGAAACUGUUGAGUGAAUAUUUGGUUUUCCAUUAUGGACAGCCGAAUGAAAUAUUGAAGUACGAUUUUGGACCAAAAGAUGCGCUAGAUUUUCCCAAAAGAUGUGCUGAUUUGUGUUUAAAACACUACAAACCUAAGGCCGGAGUUCCUGCGAGAGCCUUCGACAUUGGUUGUGCUGUAGGAAGAUCAUCAUUUGAGUUAGCUCGUAUUUUUGAUGAUGUUGUGGGAUUAGAUUACAGUCAGAGAUUUGUUGAUACCUGUAAUCAGUUAAAAUUAGAUGGUUUGAUUAAUUAUAGUAUUUAUGAUGAAGGGGAGAUAACUACAGAUUUAACAGCUAGAGUUGAUAAAACUAUACAUCGAGAUAGAACUAGAUUUAUACAAGGUGAUGCCUGUUGUUUACCAGCUGAUCUAGGACAAUUUGGGGUUGUAUUGGCUGCUAAUUUAAUCUGUAGACUCCAUCAUCCUUUUGAUUUUCUAUGGAGGAUGGGAGAUUUAGUUGCUCCUGGUGGAAUAUUAGUUAUUACAAGUCCAUAUACUUGGCUUGCAGAAUACACUGAGAGGGAAAAUUUGUUGGGUGGAUAUUAUAAUAAAGAUGGACAACCAGUCACUGGGUUUAUGACAUUAUUAAAAUCAUUAGGACCAUUCUUCGAUUUGGUAGAUGACAUCAAUAUGCCAUUCUUCAUUAGAGAAACAGCCAGAAAGAAUCAGUGGACUGUUGCCCAUGCAACCGUUUGGAAGCGAAAGAGCAAUUAAUUUCCAAUAUCUAAUCUAAUAUUCCAAUAUAGUGAUUGUCUCUUUAAUCAAUUUAAUAAAAAUUCCAUGACGUUGCUUAUAGGUACCUUGUGAACUGUUCCAAAACUUUAUAAUAUGUGUAUUAAGGCAGUAAAGCAAUAUUUACAAACACUAUAGUCAAAUUAGUGCAAUUAGCUCUAGCUUAAAGGGAUUGUAAAGAGUUUUUCUAAAAUUUUUAUGUGUAUCAGGGACUCUGAUUGCAUCAAUUUGCAUUUUUCCAAUUUUCAUUCAGAUGUCUGUUGUUCCUGCAAUUCCACUAAAACCUAGUGCUUGAUGAUGCCACUAAUUGUAAAAUAUGCUUGCAUUUAGUGACCUCAUCAAACACCUAGUUUUAGUGUUAUUACAUGAACCAGGAACAUUUGAUUGAAAAUUCAA